AUGGAACCACCAAUUAUUAAAUCAUUAUUGGAUACCGAUUUGUAUAAAUUGUUUAUGCAUGCAGCUGUUCAUAAACACUUUAAAGAUAUCCCAGUAAUUUAUAAAUAUACCAAUAGGACAAUUGAUUUAAAAUUAAAUGAAUCAGCAAUUGAAUGGGUUAAACAACAAAUUGAUUCAUUAUCAGAAUUGAAAUUCACCCAAGAAGAAAUUCAAUAUUUAGGUAAAACAUUACCUCAAUUACCAAAAGAAUAUCUUGAAUAUUUGAAAACGUUCCAAUUGAAACCAAAGGAACAAAUUAAGUAUCUUGAAGAGGAUGAUGAUUUCAAGUUGGAAAUAUCUGGACCUUGGAGCGAUACAAUUCUUUAUGAAAUUCCAUUAUUAGCAAUUAUUUCAGAAGGGUAUUUUAAGUUCGUUGAUACCAAUUGGAAUUAUGAUGGUCAAGAAGAAAAAGCCGAACAUAAAAUCCAGCAAUUGAUUAAGAAUAAAUGCAAUUUCUGUGAAUUUGGAACUAGAAGAAGAAGAUCGGUGAAAUCGCAAGAAAUUGUUAUUCAACAAAUGAGAAAACACCUCGAUGCACAUCCUGAAGAUAAAGGUUAUAUUGCUGGAACUUCGAAUGUCUAUUUUGCUAUGAAAUAUUCAUUUGCACCAAUUGGAACUGUAGCACAUGAAUGGUAUAUGGGAAUUGCAUCCAUAACUCAAAAUUAUAAAGAAGCAAAUAAAAUAGCUAUGGACUAUUGGAUAGACACGUUUGGUGACAAACAUGCCGGUUUAGCAUUGACUGAUACUUUUGGUACUGACAAUUAUUUAACUUGGUUAUAUCCCCCAUAUUCUGAUGCUUAUGCUGGGGUUAGACAAGAUUCAGGUGAUCCAGAAUUAUUUACUGAAAAGAUUGCCAAUCAUUAUUUUAAUGUUUUACAAUUACCUAAAUUCUCAAAAAUUAUCUGCUUUAGUGAUUCAUUAAAUAUUGAAAAAUGUUUGAAAUAUAAAACUAAAUCUGAUGAAUUAGGAUUAUUGAGUACAUUUGGUAUUGGAACAUUCUUCACUAAUGACUUUAUUGAUACAAAAACAGGCAAGAAAUCUCCUCCAUUGAAUAUAGUGAUUAAAUUAAGAGAAGCAAAUGGUCAGUUUGCCAUAAAGAUAAGUGAUAAUAUUGGGAAGAACAUGGGAGAUAAGGCAACUGUUGAAAGAGUAAAACGUGAGUUAGGUUAUACUGAAAAGCAAUGGAGUGAAGGAGACGAAACCCAUAGAUGGACAUAA